AUGGCAUCGCAGAAACGUGGCGGAGGCUUCAAUCACUACGGUCGCGACCAAAAUCACAAGAAGCACCAGCCUCAGCAUCGCAAUGGCGCAGGCUACAACACUAACCCAUCGGCGCCUGAGCUGUCUUCGAAAGACAUGCAGACGGGCCUGGUAGCUCUGUUGGACAGGUUUGUCGCCGAUGAAACUACCAUGGGUGCAGAUAAAGACAUGCUCCACCAUGCGCACCAACUGCGCCGACUGCUCUGCGCCCGAAACGAUUCAGCCUCUGCCAAAGCGAAGCGCGAGCUUGACCAAAAGAGGCCUGACAAGGCAGUCAAGGUCGCCAUACCCGAUUACGUCGAGCGAAAAGUACGAGUCGCCCAAGAUCUGCCUCCCCUACCGCCCAUCAAUGAACCCCAUCUCCACGAAGCCGUUUUCACUCAUCGCUCCGCCAUCUUCGAUCCCAGCAUUCCAGGCUCAACGCUCGGCGAGGACCUCAGUCUAGACUACGAACGACUCGAACUACUAGGCGACGCCUAUAUCGAACUCAUCGCCUCCCGCGCCCUCUACAACCGCUUCCCACAUGUCGACGUGCCAGAGCUAUGCAUGUGGCGCGAACGACUAGUCGAGAAUGUGACCCUGGGCAAGUUCUCCAACGCCUACGGCUUUCCAGACCGACUGAAGCACCGCGCUGUGUGGGACAAGAACUCCAAGCAAUACCAGAAGGUAGUCGCCGACAUCGUCGAAGCCUAUGUUGCAGCCGUCGUGCUAUCAGACCCAGAGAACGGAUUCGAGGCCGCCGAAGCAUGGCUUACUGAGCUCUGGGCACCACAACUCCUAGGCUUCAGGGAGAAGAUUAUCGAGAACCCUCAGGCUAGAGACGAACUGAACAAGCUUGUGCUCGGCAAAGGCGUCAAGCUCCUUACCAAAGAGGAGAGGCCUAUGACAUACGACUCCAACAGCGUGCAGUGCUACCAUAUCGGCAUCUACCUUACUGGGUGGGGCUACAAGGAUGAAUGGCUCGGGAGCGGCGAUGGCCAGAACAAAGUGCAAGCCGGUGUUGCCGCGGCUGCCGAUGCCCUGAAGCGGAACGGUCCGGUCUUGCAGGACGCUGUACGGCAAAAGAAUGAGCUGAGAGCGGCACGGCUGAAAGAGCAAGAGGAGAAGGAAAAUGCUGCAGGGGGCACUGAGCAGCAAGCGACCCUUAAUCCCAAAGAGUCAAAUGGUAAAGCAGAAGUGUCAGACGAACAGGGUAACAGUGAAAAGAAGCGGAAAAAGGAAGAAGACGAUACCUUACACGAGAAGAAGAAGCACAAGAAAGAAAAGAAGGAGAAAAAGCGCACAGCCGCAACUGAUGAUGACAGUUCCUAG